UCCAAGAUGGCGGCCCCCCGCAGCCGGCGGCGCCCGCCGCUGUGGGCGGCGCUCGUGCACGGCGCGGCGGCCUCCAGGAGGUUGCGGACGUUCGGGGCGGCGCCCAGCGGCUGGCACGGGAGGCACCGCUCCGAGGCGCUGCUGUCGGCGUCCGAGGCGCUGCGCCUCGGCGGCGCGGCGGAGCACGCGGCCGGCAACGCCUCGGCGGGCGGCGGGGCCGCCCAGGUCGGAUCCUCGUGCCUGAAGCCCGGAGCAGGCGUGAGCCGGCCCGCGAACCCCCUGGUGUUCAUCCACAUCCCGAGGAACGCCGGUUCGUCCAUAGAGAUGUGCUCGCAGCUAGACCCGCAGCUGCCUGCCAGCCAGCGCUGGGGCUGCGCGAACGAGAACAUCCGGGGGCUGACCAGGAGCCGAGCCCGGCCGGAGUGGGGCUGCGGGCAGCCCCGGGAGAGCCAGCGGAUCAGCCAAGUCCGCGGCUGGCUUUCGGUGCAGGUGCAGUUCCGCAGCGGCAGGGUCGGCGUCCCUGGCAGCAACGUCAGCCUGAAGUACAUCGCGGGCGAUGAGGCCGACAAGGAGUACCAGAUGAAGUACGACUACAAGAAGUUCCGCGACCGCGCUCCCGCCGAAGAACUGCCUCCUCAGGGCGCAGCGGCUUUGCCACCAGAGCCGGACGACGCAGCGUCAGAGGCGGCAUCGGGCUCCGAGGAGCGCGGCGACGAGAUUGGUUCCGAGCUCGGCGUCAAACAGGAUGAGCUUGAGAGUGCCAAGCGUGAGCUUGAGGAGGAAGAGGCUCCACCGCAGGGCGCGGUAGCCAAGGUUGAGAAUGAGGAGCGCUCGCCCGAGGCGGCAGCGCCGCAGGCGGAGGAGGAGGAGGCAGCUCAGGACGAUCCGCCAGCAGGCGCUCCCCAGGUAGGGGAGUUCGUGGAUGUGCAUGGCAUCGGGCAUAGCAUCGUGCGUUGCAACCGCUGCUGUCGCACGGCAAAGGAGUGCAACUACAGGAUCAAGGCGAAGGGCCAGUCGACUUACCAGUGCGACGCGUGCAACACGAACGGGGUGCGCCUUUCUCGGAGGUUCGGACAGUGGCCGCCAAAGUGUUUCGCCAAAAUGAAGAGUGAGUUCAAGCAGCAGUUCUACAAGGAUCUGGCAGAAGAUCCUGGGCUGUCGAACCUCGAUCGCAUUGAAGCCUUCGUGGUCAGCUCAAUCACUGUCCAACGGAUGGAGGAGGAGCGCGUCCGCAAGGGUGGCAAGUACCUUCCGCUGAGGAAGUGGGCGCACGACGGCUUCGACGCGAAAAAGAUUGAAGAUAAUGUGCAGGAUAAGAGGUGGAACCCUGAUCUCGGGGAGUGGACGUACAGGCCGCAAUUGGAGGCGGCCUGGAGCGAGACAGUGGAGGCCGCAGUGCGCAACGAGCUGUACACCGAUAAGAGGACGCAGGCGAAGCAGAGCGGCCCGCGGGCAGCGGCCUCGACGGGCGUCGCAGAGCACGGCGGCGACAAGGGCGACAGAAGCGACGAGAGCGACAUGUCCAGAUCCAGGAGCCGCUCGCGCGGCGACCGCGACAGGAGCAAGAGCCGCCGCAAGGGCAGGAGCAAGAGCCGCGGCAAGAGCAAGGACAGGAGCAAGAGCAGGGAUAAGGACGCUGAGAAGGAGCGGAGGCGACAGGAAGCGAGGGAGAAGGCCGAGCAGGCCAAGAAGGAGACGCAGGAGAAAAACCUGGCGCUGAAGUGGAUCGGCACCGCAACGAGGCUCGAGACAGAGCUGGACGGGUACCUCGAGCAUGAGAAGGCGGACAAGGUGCCGUCAUGGGCUGUGAAGAACGCGAAGGCGGCGAGGAAGUCUGUGGCAGUCAUGAAGGCGGUGGCGCAGAAGCGCGUGCACAGCGGCGUGGCGUUGACGAUCACGCAGGACGAGGCCAUCAGCAUCCAGAAGGAUGCGAGCUCGGCGGCGAGGGCCAUCGCGGGGAUGCUCAAGGAGGCGCAGAAGCACAGCACCUGA